AAUGACGUUGCGUAUCCUGGAAAUAUGAAAAGUUUCAGUUUCCUCGUGAUGCUGCUGUCCUUGGUCACGGAUGUAUCAGAGUCUGUACCUGACACUCCACAGCAGGUGGUGACGAAGUACAACAACUACAAAACAAUAUGUACCGGACUGGGUUAUAAAAACACACAAUGCAACGGUGGACGCACAGAAGGACCUAUUGUAUUCCAAUCAUCAUAUAGAGGUACCUUGGAAAACUUAAAAACCAGUCAGACUAUGAAAUUCAAUCAGGUAUCGCUAAAUGAAGGCAGCGCUUACAGUACCAGUACAGGAAAAUUUACUGCGCCGGUAGAUGGUGUUUAUUCCUUCAGCUGGACAACUAUGUCAAAUACAGGAAAAUAUUUUAUAACUGAAAUCGUUCUCAACGGUAUUCCAAUAGCGUAUAAUUAUACGGAUUCAAGGGGUCUCAGCACAGGGUAUUGUAUGGCAUCCUCACAGGCUAAUAUCAAAAUGAAAAAAGGGGAUGAAGUAUGGAUCAGACCCUAUCACAAUUAUGGACAAAAUGCUCUAUGUGACGAUAAAGGGCAGUGGUGUAAUUUUUCUGGAUUUAAACUUUGAAAAAUAAAUGUCUGUACUCAAUGUUUUAAAGCUGUAUAUAUUGCAUUAGAA